AUGAAUAAGGGAACCUCUCGUAACUGUUUUAAAAGAGACAAGCACCAUGGAAUUCGACCAGUUGAAGAAAGUUCGUCCAACAACCUCGACAAGGAAAAAACUCCUGAAAUUAUUGCCUCAACUUCCACAACCUCUGAAAACGCUGUGCCCAAACCGACAAUUAGUGUUGAUGAGUCUUUUGACGCGUCAGAAAACACCUUAGAUACUACAAUAAUUGGCUUUGAUGCUCCUUCAACCCAA